CUGGUUUUCGCUCUGCAACAUCAAUAUAAAUGCACCACCAACGCUCCAAAAUUUGUGGUGACUCUAGCAACAGAUUUAACAAACAGAACAAAACAAUGGAGGUGCAUGAGAAGGGUGACGCCCCAAGGAAGAGUCUCUCAGAGUUGCAGAUUGUGACUGCAAUGAGCGUGCCACCGCUCAAGGUGACGGAGCCACGGCGAGUUCGCAAAGUUUUGGUCAGUGACGAGCACACAAACGCCAUCCACGGAUGCUACCAGAUGGUUCUGUGCUACGAGAAUUUGAAGGACGAUGGUCAUGGUUGGUACAUGGCUGGUUGGAUGGUGGAGUCACUGGCCAGGGUUCUGUUGAAUCAUCCUCUUCUCGCAGGUCGCCUUCAAAGAAAAGAUGGCACAGGGUUCGAAAUCGUGGCCAAUGAUUCCGGUAUCAGACUUUUAGAGGCAUGUUACCCGACAAGCUUGUCACACUUUCUUGAGCUGAACGAAAGAAACCAACAUCUCAAGACCGAGCUUGUGUUCUGGAAGGAAAUCGAUGCUGAGUGUCCUCAGUUCUCUCCCCUUUGUUAUGUUCAGGUGACAAAUUUUGAAUGUGGAGGGUACAGUAUUGGCAUAAGUUGCAGCCUGCUACUGGCAGAUGUUUUUGUGGUGGACAAUUUUCUCGGGAAAUGGGCUGAAAUACACAAGAACAUGUCAGACCAAAUUGGAGAAAUUAAGACACCCGUAUUUUACCACCCACCCACGAAAAAGUCGGAGUCUUUUCCAUUAAUUAACCGUUCCGAGAGUGAAAGUAAAAGUGGGGUUGAGAGAUUGGUGUUCAAAAUCAUUACAGAGGAUAUGAACUCAAUGGAGGAGAUGUGGAGGAAAAUGGCGAUGGAAGCAGAAGGGAAGGUAGAGAGUGAACUGGGUUCAGAAUUUUGUUCAGAGGUGAUGAAAGUUGAAAGUUGGUCGAUGAAUGAGAGAAUGAGAUUGAAUGAGAUGAGAGAGUUUGGAGUGCAGGAAGUGAGAUUUAAUGAGGAAAACAAACCUAUUCAUGUUUGUUGUUGGAUUGAUUAUGUGAGGGAUGAACAUGUUAUGACAGUGGCACUCCCCAACCUCAAGAACAAUUCAUGUGCUGUCAUUCUAGUUUCACUGUGUUAGGAUUCAUUAAACUUUAAUCUAUUUUAUGUUUUCUGUCAUUUUACAAUUAUAUGUAACGUUUCUUGUUUCUAUUAACGUUUCUUCUUACAAUUAACUGAA